AAUGAAAACCAACCCUAAGCUCCUUUCAUCUCCGCUCUAAAGGUAGCCCCGAUUAUUGCUGACUUAAGCAUUGGAGUGUUUAUCCCGAGGAUCCACCUCGAGGCUUUGCAGGUCAAUUCAGAGUGCAGACACGGACUGAAGGAGGACUUUUGGUUUGGUGCAGUUACAUUUUGGCGUCGUUUGUGGGAAUUCGCAUUGAAAGCUCCUUUGUUGCUCCCACCAUGGUUAAAACUAGGUCAGUCCGAGGUGGAAACUCAUCUCAGCCUCUUAGACGAGGUCAGGUCCCCAGCAAUUUUCAUCCUCAUCUCCCGCCCCCAAUCCCGAACACACUCCCUCAUGCUGACCAAGCAGAAGGAAGGGAUGAAAAUCAGCCACGCAAUUCGGCUCACAACUCAGCCUUUACUGCUAACCAAGACGUAGUUGCAACUCAACUCGCUGCCAUGCAACAGCAAUUUGGUGUCUUUCAGCUAGUACUGGCUCAGCUAUUAGCCGGGAAUAAUCCUGAUAGCUUAGAAAAGCUAAUGGUUGAACAGCGAGGUGCCCCACCUCCACACCCUGCUGCUGACUCCGUACCCCACCCCCUCAACACCAACAUUACAUUAGAACCCUAUCCCGUUGGCUUCAGAAUACCACAACUUGAAACUUAUGACGGGACGAAGGACCCCGAUGAUCAUCUACAUGCUUUCUACUCUUGUAUGCAAGCCCAGAACGUCUCUGAAGCGUUGAUGUGCAAAAUCUUUCCUUUUACCCUCCGCGGUAAUGCUCGAACCUGGUACUACAGUCUGCCCCUGAGGUCAAUCAGCUCUUACACAGAAAUGGCAUCCACUUUUGCCACAAAGUUUUCCAGUAGAAGGUUGAUCAGGAAAACCACUUCCGAGCUGAUGCGCGUUAGGCAGAGGGACGGAGAGUCUUUGAAGAAUUUUAUGAGUAGAUUUAAUGAUGCAGUGCUGGAAGUCAACUUUUUCGACCAGGCUGUAGGAAUUACAGCUGUGAUCUCAGGUCUUAGCCAUGAGAGAUUCAGGGAUAGCCUGCUUAAACAUCCUGCUACCACCUUCGGCGAGGUAAAUGAUAGAUCAUUGAAAUUCAUAACUACUGAGGAAUAUGCCCUGUCGCAGAACCUAACUCCUAUUAAGAACCAACACCCGGACUGGAGAGAUAAGAAUCCGAACAGGAAACGGAUGAAGACAACACAGAACCGAGGUCCGAUGCCGACUUCCACCCUGAGAUUCGAAAGGCCGAACUCAACACCUCCGCAACAACCUGCAGGUAAACCUCCAGUUAAUUGGACUCCUUUUAAUUUACUGAGGUCACAAAUCUUUAUGCAGAUUAAGAAUAAAAUGGACUUAAGACGUCCGGGUCCAAUGAGAACUGCUGUUGCUACCAGAGAUCAUACUAGGUAUUGUGAUUUUCAUCAAGAUCACGGUCAUACAACAGAGCAAUGCAAUAGUCUGAGGUCCGAGCUGGAAAGUCUGGCGCAGAAAGGAAUGUUGAAUGAGUACAUCCAGAGAGUUGAACAGCCACGUUUUGUCAGGGAACAAGGGCCACAACCUCAAGGUGUCCGUAACCCGCCAAACAGGCAAGGUGUGGGAUAUCAGCAAGCCUCACCCCCGCUCCCACCACCAGCUAAAAUUAUACACAUGAUUACAAGAGGCCUGGAAGCCGGUGGACUAAGCUCUAAACAGCGAAAGUUGUAUGUCAGAGAGGUUAAACAUUGGAACCAAGCUCGAAAGCGAAAGUUUGACGAUGCUGAGUGGAAGAAUCAACCAAUUACCUUCACAUCUGAUGAUCUCGAUACAGUUGUCACGCCCCACAAUGACCCCCUCGUCACUUCUGUCACGGUUAACAGUUGUGAGGUGCAGCGCGUCCUUGUUGACACAAGGAGUGCACCAGACAUCAUGUACGUCCAUUGUUUUGAAAGUCUUGGGUUGGAUCCGACUUUGUUGCAGCGGUAUGAUGAUCCCAUCUAUGGAUUCAACAACCAGCCAGUCCCAGUUGAAGGAGUCCUCACCAUGACUGUUGCAUUUGGAAGCGGCCGGAGUUACGUGACCCCUUCAGUUAGCUUUCUGGUAGUCAAGAUGGCGUCCUCUUUCAACGUCAUCAUUGGCCGACCAACACUGACUGAAAUCCGAGCUGUGAAGGGCAAAGAUCAGACACCCAAGGUCCAUUCCAAACAGAUUCCUGACAAUCGGCAAAUUAUGGGUGUAGAAAUCGUAGAUAAUCGACCAGAAGAUGAAACCAGGGCUGCUCCAGUAGAAGCUGUGGAAGUGAGGUUAAAAGUUAUUAAAGAAGAAGUCGAGAAACUCCUACAAGCUGGCUUUGUCAGAAGGGUCGAUUACUGUGAAUGGGUCGCCAAUCCGGUGCUGGUGAAAAAAGAAAAUGGUAAAUGGCGGAUGUGGAUUGAUUACAGUAACCUCAACGAUGCAUGUCCAAAGGACUGUUAUCCAAUGCCAAACAUUGAUAAGCUGGUUGAGGCAGCUUCGGGAAAUGAGAGAUUGAGUCUCUUGGACGCAUAUUUAGGGUAUCACCAGGUGCCAAUGGCUCCCGAGGAUGAAAAAAAAACCUUGUUCUAUGCCGGCGAUGAGAUCUAUUGCUAUGUGAUGAUGCUUUUUGGCUUGAAGAACGCAGGUGCCACUUACCAGAAGAUGGUUAUCAUCGUAUUCCGAGCUCAAAUAGGUCGAAAUCUGGAAGUUUAUGUUGAUGAUAUAGUGGUGAAGAGUUUGAAAGCGGAGGAUCACUUAGCUGACCUCGAGGAGACAUUCAACAAUCUCAGGAAGAACAAGAUGAGGUUAAACCCAGAAAAGUGCAUCUUCGGUGUAGAGUCGGGAAAGUUUUUAGGCUUCAUGGUAUCCAGAAGAGGGAUUGAGGUCAACCCUGAAAAGAUCAAAGCAGUAGCCGAGAUGGAACCACCGAAGUCGGUAAAAGAUGUACAGAGGUUGAUGGGGAGAGUAGCAGCUCUACAUAGAUUCAUCUCGAAAUCGACAGAUAAAUGCUUGCCGUUCUUCAAGAUUAUGAGAUUGGCAGCCCAGAAAGAUGAAUCUGGCAAACAAAAGAAGUUUGAAUGGAAUUCAGAAUGCCAAGAUGCAUUUGACGAGCUGAAGGAAGAGGGGAAGCAACAGAAACCAGUUUACUACAUCAGUAGCGUGUUACAUGGAGCUGAAGUCAGAUAUUCCAUUGCCGAGAAAGCGACCUUAGCAGUUGUCACUUCGGCCAGGAAACUAAGACCGUACUUCCAAUCACACUCAAUCAUAGUCCUCAUGGACCAGCCGCUCAGACAAAUUUUGCAGAAGCCAGAGUGUUCGGGGAGAUUGAUCAAAUGGGCAGUCGAACUGAGCAAAUUCGAGCUCACAUUUCAACAGAGGUCAGUAAUUCGAGCUCAGGCCCUUGCCGAUUUCAUAGUAGAAUGCACCUCAGCUCACUCUGAUUCCCAGUCUGAGGUGGACAGUUGGAUUCUGUAUGUCGAUGGCGCAUCAAGUAGCAAAGGUUGUGGCGCUGGUGCACUCCUACUUGGCCCAGAUGGGUAUCGAAGUGAACACGCUCUAAAAUUUAAUUUUGAUGCCACCAACAAUAUGGCCGAAUACGAAGCCUUGCUGCUCGGCUUACAGCUAGCGACAGAAUUGAAGGUUGAAGCGAUACAAAUAUACAGUGAUUCACAGAAAUUCCACUUAAGCAAAAUCCCUCGAGCUGAAAAUGAGCAAGCAGACUCCCUCUCCAAGUUUGCUUCUGAUGGCAACCAAAGCUCCAGAUCGGUCGUUGUAGAAAUUCUAGACGAGCCUAGCUUCUUGAAACCACGAAUGAUGGAGGUCAGCACAGAUCCUAGCUCAUCAAGCUGGACAGAUCCAAUUAUCUCGUUUCUCCGGGAUGGCACAGUGCCCGCGGAUAAACAGGAAGAGAUGAGGUUGAGGAAGAAGGCAUCUCGAUAUACCUUUGUUAAUGAUGUCCUCUACAAGAGAUCUUUCUCACUCCCUCUGCUUCGCUGCCUAACUCCUUAUGAGGCCGAAUACGCACUUCGGGAGGAUGCCACCCAGUUCGUACAGAGGUGUCAGAAGUGUCAGUUCUUCGCAUAUCUAAUCCACCAGCUUGCAAAAGAACUCACUACUUUGGUAGCGCCUUGGCCAUUUGCUCAAUGGGGUCUCGACCUUUUAGGUCCAUUUAUGAAGGGGGUAGGAGGUGUAACCCAUCUCAUUGUUGGUGUGGAUUACUUCACAAAAUGGGUCGAAGCUCGGGCACUAUCCAGUCUUACCUCCAAGAAGGUUGAAGACUUUGUUUUCAGCUCGAUUAUUUGCAAAUAUGGGAUCCCGAGUCAGAUUGUAGCUGACAACGGAACUCAAUUCAAUUACGCCUCAUUCCGGGAUUUUUGUUCCAGCUACGGGAUCAAACUGCAAUUCACCUCAGUUUACCAUCCAGAGUCCGACGGCAUGGUCGAAUCUGUUAACAAAUGCAUCCUAGAAGGUAUAAAGCCGAGAUUGGAACAGCACAAGGCCAGAUGGGCAGACGAACUCAACAACGUUCUCUGGGCAUAUAGAACCACAAGCCGAAUUGCCACAGGUGAAACACCCUAUCAUCUGACCUUCGGUACCGAAGCAGUCAUUCCUAUCGAGAUAGGAAUCCCAAGCUUCAAGGUCACCCAUUUCGAUGAAGGACAAAAUGGACAACUGCUUCGGGAGAACCUUGAUCUGCUUGAUGAAUUAGCACCAAACUGGGAAGGCCUCUACACUAUAGCCGAAGUGCCGCACCCCGGUGCUUAUAUCCUACAAGACACUGAGGGCAAAAGGGUUCAUAGAGUCUGGAAUACCAAUAACUUGAAGAAAUUUUACCCUUAAUUUCAGUAAACUUUGUCUUAUUUCUAUAAUCGCCAUUAUUCUGAUUACUGUAUACCGAAGCUCAAUAAUGAACUCCACUUCACAUUUGAAGUGUUUCAGUCCUUUCAUUGUGACUUAUUCAACCACUUUACUUCAUUUGCUAGGUUAUAAUUUCUUUACCCUCACUUCUGAAGUGUUUUGCUUUAUCUUUUGUCAUUUCCAGUCCGCCUCAUAUAUAUACAUACCCAAGGUCAAUUCCUUUCCUGUUCAUUUUAUUGUGUUUGAGGUCAGAACCUUGUGUUAAGUGAAGCUACUAUAUCUGAAGUCAUUCACUUUUAUAAAAAUGAAUGCCAAGA